AUGGGCUGCGGACCCUCCCAGGCUGCUGAGGACCCGACACGCGUCCCCGCGCCCAGGAAGGGCUGGGAAGAGGGCGUUAAGGCGGAUGUCAGUGUGGCUCAUUCCGGAGAGAACUGCGGGCCCCAGACUGAAGCUGAAUUACCCAAGGACACUGGGAGCAACCCCGAGGACCUGGGAAAACAGGCUCCGUUGGGAAGUUUACCCGGAGCCAUAGCAGAAAGUUCCCCAUCUCUUAGUGAAAGAAACAGAAGAAUAAAUUCAGACCUAGUAACUGGUGGAUUAAUCCAUAAGCCCCAACCCCCCGAGACCCGAGAGAGACAAAGGUCAUCAGACAUUCUGGAGGAAUUAAUUGUUCAAGGAAUAAUACAAAGCCACAGCAAAGUAUUUAGACAUGGAGAAUCAUAUGAUGUCAUGGUAAACACAACUGAGACGCCGCUGAGAAAGCCUCCAGCCAGGCUGAAAAAACUGAAGAUCAAAAAGGAAGCAAAGUCUUUCACAAGGAAGGAUCUAGAAGAGAAGAUGCGGGCGGUGGAGCGGCGCAGGAAGACUAAAGAAGAAGAAAUAAGAAAAAGACUAAGAAGUGACCGACUCAUGUCCCCGGCCUAUCAUUCAGCCACAGCUGAGCCAGAUGGAGGCAAGGUCUCGUUUGCCAAAGGUCUUCACAGUGUGAGUUCUGCUGUGUUUGAGUUUGAGCCAUCUGACCUGCAUGAAGGAAAGCCUUUGAAACAGAAGAGCCACCCAGCAUCGAGUGAUAGAAACUUCAAUUAUGAAGGAUUUGGGGUGGUGGAGUCAGACAUGUCUUCAGAGCGGUCAGUGCAGAAGAACACGAGGUCCGAUGCCGCCAGUUUGACAGACCCACCGCCAGACUCCACUCCUGACUUCGCCUCCUCACAGACGCUGUUGAGCACACGGAGACCUCCAGUCUGCUCCAAAAGCCCAUGUAAGAAAGAGAAAACAAGACUGACAAUUGCAUCUUCUAUCCGAGUUGGCUUUCGUGGAUCAGGCAUAAAGACCAGCUGCCUUUGCAAAGUGUCGCGGACAGAGGGCGUUUGCGGUUAA